CCCUCGGGCUCAGCGAAGCUGGGAAGGGGAAAGGAGCUGGAGCCUGGAGACCGCACAGGCCGGAAAGUGCGGAGCGCGCCGCGCCCCUGACGCGCCGGGCCUCCGGGUCCCGCUUCGCCGCCCUGGCGGGGACUGUGCACCAGGCGGCGGGAUGCGGCGGGGCGGCCGCCUGAGCGCCCCCGAUGGCCCGCGGCGAGGCGGCCUGCAAGAGCGACGCGCGGUUGCUGCUGGGCCGGGACGCGCUGCAGCCGGAGCCCGCGCUGCUGGCCCCCGUGGUGCUGCUGGGCGCCGCGCUGGGCCUCGGCCUCGGCCUCUGGCUCGGCUGCCGCGCGGGCCGCAGGCGACCGCGGCACCAGAAAGACGACACUCAAAAUCUGCUCAGGAAUUUGGAGUCGAAUGCGCAGACCCCCUUGGAAACUGGCUCCCCAUCGAGGAGGAGGAGGAGAGAGGUGCAGAUGCCGAAGGACAAGGAAGCUGUUGAUGAAUGUGAGCCAUCUGCCAACAGCAACGUCACAGCAUUCGCCCUGAAGGCAAAAGUCAUCUACCCCAUCAAUCAGAAGUUCCGGCCUCUGGCAGAUGGCUCCUCCAACCCGUCUCUGCACGAAAACUUAAAGCAGGCUGUCUUGCCGCACCAGCCAGCAGAGGCCUCCCCUUCCAGCAGCCUGGGGAGCCUGAGCCAGGCCGAGAAGGACGACUACAGCUCCUCAUCCAGCAUCCACUCGGCCGCCAGCGAUGACAGGUUUCUGAGCCGCACCUUCCUCCGGGUGAACGCCUUCCCCGAGGUGCUGGCCAGCGAGAGUGUAGACAUUGACCUGUGUAUCUACAGCCUUCACUUAAAAGACUUGCUGCAUUUGGACACAGCACUGAGGCAGGAAAAGCACAUGAUGUUUAUUCAGAUUUUAAAAAUGUGCCUCCUUGAUCUUCUUCCUAAAAAGAAUGAUGAAUUAUACCAGAAGAUCCUUUCAAAGCAAGAAAAUGAUUUGGAGGAAUUAGAAAAGGGACUUCAGGUCAAACUGUCAAACACAGAAAUGUCAGGGGCUGGUGACUCUGAGUAUAUCACCCUGGCUGAUGUGGAAAAGAAGGAGCGAGAAUACUCUGAACAGCUAAUCGAUAAUAUGGAAGCUUUCUGGAAACAGAUGGAAAACAUCCAGCACUUUCUUGUGGACCAAUUUAAGUGUUCCAGCUCCAAAGCCCGACAGCUCAUGAUGACUCUGACGGAAAGAAUGAUUGCAGCCGAAGGGCUAUUGUGCGAUUCUCAGGAGCUGCAGGCUCUGGACAUCCUGGAGAGGACGAUGGGGCGGGCGCACAUGGCAAAGGUGAUCGAGUUUCUGAGGCUGCAGGUCCAGGAGGAGACCAGGUGCCGGCUGGCUGCCAUCGCCCAUGGCCUGGAGCUGCUGGCUGGUGAGGGGAAGUUGUCUGGGCGGCAGAAGGAGGAGCUGCUCACACAGCAGCACAAGGCCUUCUGGCAGGAGGCGGAGUGCUUCAGCAGGGAGUUUGUCCAACAAGGCAAAGACCUGGUCAAGGCGUCUCUGGCUCACCAGGUGGAGGGGACAGCAAAGCUCGCACUGGCCCAAGAGGAAGAACGGAGACGCUUCCUGGCUGAGGCCCAGCCGACUGCUGACCCGGAGAAGCUUCUUAAGGCUUUCCAUGAGGUCCUGGAAAGGCAGAGGCUGCUGCGGUGCGACCUGGAGGAAGAAGAGAACGUGAGAGCCACCGAGGCGGUGGUCGCACUCUGCCAGGAGCUGUACUGCAGCACCAUGGACACUUUCCAGAAGUUUGUGGACACCUUGUUCCUUCAGACGCUCCCUGGCAUGACUGGCCUCCCCCCGGAAGAGUGUGACUACUUGAGGCAGGAAGUCCAGGAGAACGCUGCCUGGCAGCUGGGGAAAUCGGAUCACUUCCGGAGGCAGCAGUGGAAACUCUUCCAGGAGCUCCUAGAACAAGACCAGCAGGUGUGGAUGGAGGAGUGUGCGCUGUCCAGCGUGCUGCUCACGCAGCUGCGGGAGGAUCACGAGAGCACCAUCCAAGGCGUCUUGGGCCGACUGGGCGGCCUCACUGAAGAGUCCACGCGGUGUGUCCUGCAGGGCCAUGACCUGCUUCUGCGCUCGGCCCUCCGGAGGCUGGCGCUCCGCGGCAGUGCCCUGGCCACCCUGACGCAGAUGCGGCUCUCGGGGAAGAAGCGCCUCCUGCAGGAGCUACGGGAGCAGCGUGCGCUGGAGCAGGGGUCCUCCCAGUUCCUGGACGAGCAUCAGUGGCAGCUACUCAGGGCCCUGGAGGCGCGUGUGCUGGAGGAGGCCAGCCAGCUGGACGAGGAGGCUCAGCAGACGCGGCUGCAGCUCCAGCAGCGGCUCCUGGCCGAGGCCCAGGAGGUGGGGCAGCUUCUGCAGCAGCAUGUGGAGUGUGCCAUCGGGCAGGCGCUGCUGGUGCACGCACGGAAUGCGGCCACCAAGAGCCGGGCCAAGGACAGGGAUGACUUCAAGAGGACGCUGAUGGAGGCAGCAGUGGAGAGCGUCUACGUGACCAGUGCUGGUGUCAGCCGCCUGGUGCAGGCGUAUUACCAGCAAAUUGGGAGGAUCAUGGAGGACCACGAGGAGAGCAGACUGCAGCACCUGAAGGCACUGCAGGGUGAGAGAAUGGAAAAUUACAAGCUUCGGAAAAAGCAGGAGCUCGGCGACCCUUCGUCUGGCGGCAGGACAGCAGGUGACGCUCACGAGGCCUCCCAGGCGGUCCACCAGAGGAUGCUGUCCCAGCAGAAGAGGUUCCUGGCCCAGUUCCCUGUGCACCAGCAGAUGCGUCUGCAUGCCUGGCAGCAGCAGGCAGGAGUCAUGGACCUUCUGGAAGCCCAGCUGGAGACCCAGCUGCAGGAAGUGGAACAGAACUUCAUCACUGAGCUGGCAGCCUUGGCCCGAGUGCCCCUCGCUGAAAGCAAACUGUUCCCCGCUAAGCAUGGGCCACUGGAGAAGCCCCUAAGGACUAAAAGGAAGAAACCCCCACCCCGGGAAAGAGAGGAUCUGGGGGUGCCCAAUGACGAGGAUCUUGCCUCUGGGGACCACACCUCAGGCUCGCUUAGCAGCAAAAAGCUGAGUCCACAAGAAAGUGAAGCUGGGGACAGUGAGAACUCAAAGAAGAUGCUCAAGAGAAGAGGCAACUUAUAAUUUAAGACCAGUCAGAGGGACGGGACCUGAAGCCCUGGGUCUGGGUGUGAACUCUGCCUUUCCUCCCACAGCGCUGAGAGUCAAUGAGGAGGGGGAGGACAGCCGUGUCUCUGCUUCAAAGGCUCUUUGAGAUGGAUGGAGAAAGAAUAGAAAUGUGCCCUAAAAAGCAUAUGUGGGUGCUAUCACCUGAGAAAAUUAGGCAUUCCACUGUUGGAAACAUGUCUCUGUGGGUUCACAUUUCAUUUGGCUUGGAGCCCUGGCUUGACACCUCACGGAUCUUUCUUUCCCAGGAGGGACUUCAUCAGGUGUCCAAGCCUCAGGCCAAGAACCCACAAUGUAGACCCUGGAAUCCCCAGCCCAAAGGCCUGUCUUGGCCCACCUGGGGCUGAGGAUGCACAGAUACAUAAUGACACCUGCAGAAAUAUAUUUUCUGAGGACACUUAGAAUAUGAGGAAGAGGGCGUGGCCCCAGCCUUCACUUCACCUGGGGAGGGCUUCUUCCAGACAGCAGACCCCCUUGACCCUGCAGAGAGAGGUCAUGGGAGCACCUACUUUCUGGAUGGAUAGUGAAAGCAUCCAGAAAUUUCCAGACCAGCCCCUUGUCCACCGCAACCAGGGGAGGACUUUCCUGCCUGGAUAGAAGCUUCCAAACCAGCCCCUCUCACCACAGCCAGGAGAGACCUUUCCUACCUGGAGAGAAACUUCCAGACCAGCCUCUCACACAACAGCCAGGAGAGGCCUUUCCCACGUGGAGAAGCUUCCAAACCAGCCUCUCUCACCACAGCCAGGAGAGAUCUUUCCUGUCUGGAGAGAAGGUUCCAGAAAAUCACCAUAGCCAGGAGAGCCCUUUCCCACCUGGAGAGAAGCUUCCAGACUAGCCCUUCCCACCACAGUCAGGAGAGGCCUUUCCCACCUAGAGAAGCUUCCAGACCAGCCCCUCACACCACAGCCAGGGGAGGCCUUUCCCACCUGGAGGGAAAAUUGCUCCUUUCAUUGAGGUUCAGGACUGUCACCCUGAGCACUGUGAACAUUUUGGGCAAGGUCAUUCUUUAGGGGAAGGAGCUGCCCAGCGCAUCACAGGAUGUUCCAGUGUCCCUGGCCUCUGCCCAUCAGAUGCCAGCACCUCCACCAGUCCUGGCAACCAAGAAUGUCUCCAGACACUGUCCUGUGUCCCCGGGAUAUCACCCCCUGUGCUGAGUCAAAGAGUGCCUGCCCUGGGCAAAACCAGGACAUAGCCAUGGGUGUGUCCACAAAUCCCCAGAACCUAGUGAGCCCUCUGGCUUUGGGAGCCCCUAUCUCAGGGAUUUUCUGGGCCAUUUGUGACUUUUCAUUUUUUAAACCUGAAACAGACUCUCAGUCAGGUACGAGUGACUCUUUCCCGGAAGUGGCCAAAACUUCUCAGCCGGUGAGAUCUCCAAAGUUAAUCGACAGCUCCCUCUUGUGGGUCACUAAAAUAUUUCAUUAUUCCAUGGAGUUGUGCAAAGCUGUGGCUUCCUUGAUACAAUAUUCUCAAAACCUA